UUCUCUCCAUCACCACCACCUUCAGCACCCUAACACUUCCACAAACUUCCCUUCCAAUCCCUUCUAAAAAUAAGAUGGCAUCCCAGACCAUAGAGAGCUACCGUGAAGGUGCCGAGGUCUACCAUGGCGAUGACCUCUGCAAGAAGAAGUCCAUCCAAUUGCUCCAAGAGCUCGGCCUGCCAAAAGGUCUGUUACCCCUCGUCGACAUCGAGGAGUUCGGCUACAACCGUGCAGCAGGGUUCAUAUGGCUCAUCCAGAAGAAGAAGAAGGAGCAUACAUUUAAGAAGAUCAAGCAGACGGUGUCGUAUGCCACCGAGGUGAUGGCCUUCGUGGAGCAAUGCAAGAUGAAGAAGAUAAUGGGGGUGAAGACGAAGGAGUUGUUAUUGUGGCUCUCUGUCGUUGAGGUGUACGUUGAUGACCCCUCAUCAGAGAAGAUCACUUUCAAGACUGGCACCGGACUGUCUGAUAGCUUUCCAACGUUUGCCUUUGAGCUCGAGUAGUUUGACAGAGGGAAUUGGGUGGAGGGACUAGAGCUUGGUUCUUGUUCCUCUCCGUCCAUUGAGAGUAUUGCUAAGACUUCGGUUUCUGAUUUAUUUUUCGCUUAGUAUGUAGCUGCUGCUGUAUCAAGUAAAAGUUCAAUUAAUGGUCAUGUUGUGAUAUAUGUUUUUUAGUAAGUCAUAUCGUUCAUUUAAAUGCUAUUUGGGUACUUCGUACCUCCAUAUUUGGUUACCUA